AGGCGUCGCCCGCGCUGGGACAAAUCAAAUUGUCGCGGUGGGUGCGCCCUCCACUGUUCUGGUCCAGUCAACUCCCUCCCAUCUCGCACUGUUACUCAACGCGCAACCAUGUCCCAGUCCGGCUCCUACGAAAACGCUCCCCCCGACUUGGCCGCCCCCGUUCCCGCCCGAGACCCCUAUGACUCUCGAGCUGCCUCACCUCCCAGGCGGUCCAGCGUCUCUGAGGACCGGUACGCCUCUCGGCCGCCUCCCGCCAGGUACGACUACGACGAGCCCCCCAGAGACGGAGCCGCAGACAGGUACCCUCCCCAAGAUGCUCCUGCUGGAAGACCUACAGGAGGUGGCUACGACCGACCCUACGGUGGAUCCGGCGCUGCCGCUCCCUUUCGCCCCCCCGAGGCUCCCAAGGUCGAAGCCAACAAUGUCCUUGGUGUAUUUGGUCUCUCCAUCCGCACCCGUGAACGUGACCUCGAAGAUGAGUUCAUGAGGUACGGCGAUGUCGAAAAGGUCGUCAUUGUGUACGACCAACGCAGCGACAGAUCUCGGGGGUUCGGGUUCAUUACUAUGAGGACCGUUGAGGACGCUACCAGGUGCAUCGACAAGCUCAAUGGUCUCAGCCUGCACGGACGGAACAUUCGAGUUGACUACUCGGCCACUCAAAAGCCUCACCACUCGACUCCCGGACAGUACAUGGGUGUCAAGAGGGGUGGCUAUGGCGGCGACAGCUAUCAACGUGAUGACCGUCGGGGCGGCGGCAGGUACGAUGACCGACGUGACUAUGGCAGGAGGGACGACUACUACUCCGGCUCGCGGGACAGCUAUCGCGAUAACCGUCGAGACAGAGACCCCUAUGAGGGUCGAAGCAGACGUGACGAAUACGACUACCCCAAGGACAAGUAUGCCGGCGAGAAGUCUUACGACUAUGACGACCGAAGGAGUGCUCGCCGUAGCAGGUACUCGGCUUCUCCUCCUCGCAACGGCGGUGGGGGUGCGUCCCGCGACUAUGACGCUCCUGCUCCCCGUAGCAGCAGCGGCUGGGACUAUGACGCCCCUCCUCCCCCUCGCACCAGCGGCGGCUCUCGAGACUACGAUGCUUCUGCCCCUCCCCCUCCCGAGGUCCCCAGAUACUAGGAUGGCCCGUUUCUUCAACCAUAUCGAGCGUCUCAAAAGUAUCUGUACAAAAAGUCAAAUUCACUCCAUCAAGUCCGCGUUCCGUAUCUGUGUCCUAUCAAGCAAUGCAAGAUGCCUGCAAGUCUAUUCAGGAUUGAGAUCAAGCGAGACAACACGCAAGACGCAAAAGCUCACAAGUCUUUCGAGUAUCAAGUCGCAAGCCGGUCAGGACGAUGCAAAGGUUGGUCGCAUGUUUCUUUUGUUCAGGACCUUGUUCUGUAGACUAUGACGGAUGGCGUGGCAACGUACAUGGAUCUACGCAUGUUCAAGUCACCGUCGGGUGAAACCGAUUGUACGAGUACUGUAUGAAUUCGUCGAUGCAUUGACUGUACAUUGAGAA